AUGGCCAGACAGCGCCGACGAGAAAGCAAAAUGAACUGCAGUUCAUCUCGCAGAGGAGCAGCAACAUGGCUAGCGGAGGGCAUAUCAAUUGAGGAGGCACAAGUGACACUCCAGAUAGAUGUCAGAAAAUUGGGUAGGCAUCCCACCGAACUUCAGCUGUUAGAGAUCGUACACCGUCGUGAGAGACUACAAGGAGACAUUGAUUGUUGGGAGGCUAUGGGUCUUAGAUUUCUCGGCGAUGGAAUUGGUGAAGGUGAUGUUCAACCUUUGGAACAGGAGCUUCUGGUUCUAGAAGAAGACUCAGACGAAGACAUCGCCGAUGAAUUUGGACUCUUUGAGCCAGAAAAGAUAUUCAUAUCCAUGUCAUCCAAUCUAGGUGUAGAGAAAUGCACCGACAUUGGCGCCGCAGACUUAAUUCAACAGGAACUUACUCUGCGGCAGGGACAGGCGAAUGAUGCCCUUCACAACAUCCAAGUGCACCUUGCAGACAAGGCAGUCAUUUUCUGCACCACUGUCAGAGCGGCAAAAUCACAAGCAACGUCUACUAGAGCUUGGGCGCAAGUUCAUUCAGUGGACAGGAUUUGCUGCAUACAACUCAGUAAACUCGGCGCUGACAAUACAUUGCUGGAGAGAUAUUGUCCAUUGGCCAAGGAGCAUCUGAAGAGGACAGAGAAACAACACCUUGGCAUGGUUUUGGUCUAUGGACGUGGAAAGGGACUCCAACAGCAGUGA